AUGCCGGGAGUAUCAAGGGAUCGUACGGUUUUUACGGACGGUUCCAGUGCACACCGUGACGUUCAUGAUACUGACAGCUGUUCAAUGAACAUGCUAUUUACAUGGUCGUAUGAGAACACUUGUGUGAUUUUUCGUUGGUGGCACAUCAAGACCCUAUGGGGCUUACUAAUUAGCUGUUUGACUGUCAUAUGUCUAAGUAUGCUUUAUGAACUUUUGAAGCAUUACAUAUACACAUAUGAUCUGAAGAGAAAUAGGGGCGUUGAGAGCUCAAGAAUAUACUAUAGUCUAUUAUAUUCGUUACAGGUCGCAUUUUCUUUCUUUCUAAUGCUUGUGUUCAUGUCGUACAACGGCUGGCUCAUGGCUAGCGUGGCUAUCGGGGCAGCAAUAGGUAACUAUUACUGUAAUGCUCCGUUGCCACAACAUGCUAAUCAGAUAUCCCUGGCAUGCCAUUGA